AUGAAUUAUUUUUAUAAGGUAUUAAAACAAUUAUUAAUUUUUAGGUUAAAAAUUAUAUGGAAUAAAGAAAUAUGAAGAAGCAAUAGAAUAUUUUGAUGAAGCACUAUAAAUUAAUCCAAAUGAUUGUUAAUCUUUGUAUUUAGCAUGUAAAACAAUCAUCCAUAAAUGUUUUAGCUGAAUGCUUAACAAUGAUUAAAAAUUACAAGGAUGCAAUUAUUAAAGCUGAUAAACUACUCUAAAUAGAUUAAAAUAAUCCAUAAUAUUUAUGUAUAAAAGGUAAACAAACCCUUUUAAAUUUUUUAGCUGAAAUUUUAAGAUGUCAAUAAAGAUAUGAAGAAGCAAUUUUAUAUGCUGAUAAGGCUCUUUCAAUAAAUUCAAAGCAUCUAUUUUCCAUAAACAAUAAAGGUAUGUAAAUCAUAUUUAAUAUAUUAGCUGAUUGUUUAAAAAUGCUUAAAAAAUAUGAGGAUGCUAUUUUCUGGGCUGACGAAGCGCUCUAAAUAGAGUAAAAGAAUCUUUUCCCCUUGAAUGUAAAAUGUAAGCAAAUCUUAUAAAAUAUAUUAGCUCAAAGUUUAAAAAUGAUUGGGUAAUACAAUAACGCAAUUAUAUGGGCUAAUAAAGUUUUAUUUAUUGAUGAAGAUAAUAUUAACUCAUUAAUUACAAAAGGUAUGUGAAUCUUAUAAAAUAUAUUAGUUGAAUGUUUAAUCAAGAUUGGAAUAUAUAAUGAUGCCUUUAUAUAUCUUAAUACAGCAUUAAAAUUAUAUCCAGAAAAUUCCACUUUAAGAUAAUUAAAAAGUAAUUGUUAUUUUUAAUAAUAGUUUAAUUAUUAACUAUUUAGAAUUAAAAUAAUCAAGCUAAUUAAAGUUUACAAAAAAUUGUGAAAAUUUCUCCUUUUUUUAAUCAAUCAAAAAUAAAAAAUGAACGCUUUUGA